GACGCAGCGGGCGGGCGGGAGGACUCGGCGGGAGCCCCUAGAGCCGGGCGCCCGGGGACGUAACCUGUAGGGCCACCGGGUCCCCGUCAGGGGCGGCGGCGGGAGCAGCGGGGACUGCAGGCCGGGACGGAGCGAGCGCGGCCCGGCGGGCUGCGGCCGGGUGUGUGCGGCGCGUGGCGGGCGCAGCUUACCAGGCGAAGGUGAGUGCGGCACCGGCUCCUCCUGCGGCGGACUUUGGGUGCAACUUGACGAGCGGUGGUUUGACAAGUGGCCUUGGGGGCCGAAUCGUCCCAGUGGAAGAGUUGUAAAUUUGCUUCAGCAAACCUUUUGGUACCUGGCCUUCCCCUACGGAUUAUACUCAACUUCUUGUUUAGAAAAUGGGGCCCACAAGACGCCUGGUUACUAUCAAAAGGAGCGGGGUCGACGGUCCCCACUUUCCCCUGAGCCUCAGUACCUGCUUGUUUGGAAGGGGUAUUGAAUGUGAUAUCCGUAUCCAGCUUCCUGUUGUGUCAAAGCAACACUGCAAAAUUGAAAUCACUGAGCAGGAGGCAAUAUUACAUAAUUUCAGUUCCACAAAUCCAACACAAGUAAAUGGGUCUGUUAUUGAUGAGCCUGUACAGCUAAAACAUGGAGAUGUAAUAACUAUUAUUGAUCGAUCUUUCAGGUAUGAAAAUGAAAGUUUUCAGAAUGGAAGGAAGUCAACUGAAUUUCCAAGAAAAAUACGUGAACAGGAGCCAGCACGUCGUGUCUCAAGAUCUAGCUUCUCUCCUGACCCUGAUGAGAAAGCUCAAGAUUCCAAGGCCUAUUCAAAAAUCACUGAAGGAAAAGUUUCAGGAAGUCCUCAGGUACAUAACAAGAAUGUCAAAGAAGACACCGCAGAUGACUCAAAAGACAGUGUUGCUCAGGGAACACCUAAUGUUCGUUCCUCAGAACAUGCUGGAUAUAAUGUCAGAAAUGCAGCUGAUCCCAUUUCCGGGGAUUUUAAAGAAAUUUCCAGGGUAAAAUUAGUGAGCCAUUACGGCGAAUUGAAGUCUGUUCCCACUAUGCAAUGUCUUGACAAUAGCAAAAAAAAUGAAUCUCCCUUUAGGAAGCUUUAUGAGUCAAUGAAGAAAGAGUUGGAUGUAAAAUCACAAAAAGAAAAUGUUCUACAGUGUUGUAGAAAAUCCGGAUUACAAACUGAUUACACAACAGAAAAAGAAAGUGCUGGUGGUUUACAGGGGGAGACCCAACUAUUGGUCUCAUGUAAGUCAAGACCGAAAUCUGGUGGAAGCGACCACGCUAUGGCAGAGCCUGCUUCACCUGAACGAGAGCUUGACCAGAGCAAGGGGAAGAGAAGAGACGUGGAGUCUGUUCAGACUCCCAGCAAGGCUGUGGGCACCAGCUUUCCUCUCUGUGAACCAGCUAAAAUGAAGACCCCUGUACAAUAUUCACAGCAACAAAAUUCUCCACAAAAACAUAAGAACAAAGACCUGUAUACUGCUGGGAGAAGAGAAUCUGUGCAUCUGGGUAAAAGGGAAGGCUUCAAGGCUGGUGAUAAAACUCUUACGCCCAGGAAGCUUUCAACUAGAAAUCAAACACCAGCUAAAGUUGAAGACACAGCUGACUCUGCCGCUAAGCCAGAAAAUCUCUCUUCCAAAACCAGAGGAAGUAUUCCUACAGAUGUGGAAGUUCCGCCUACAGAAACUGAAAUUCACAAUGAGCCAUUUUUAACUCUGUGGCUCACUCAGGUUGAAAGGAAGAUCCAAAAGGAUUCCCUCAACAAGCCUGAGAAAUUGGACACUACCGCUGGAGAGAUGUGCUCUGGGUUACCUGGUCUUAGUUCAGUUGAUAUCAGCAACUUUGGUGAUGCCAUUAAUGAGAGUGAGGGAAUACCUUUGAAAAGAAGGCGUGUGUCCUUUGGUGGGCACCUAAGACCUGAAUUGUUUGAUGAAAACUUGCCUCCUAAUACGCCUCUCAAAAGGGGAGAAACCCCAACCAAAAGAAAGUCUCUGGUAACGCACACUCCACCUGUCCUGAAGAAAAUCAUCAAGGAACAGCCUCAACCAUCAGGAAAACAAGAGUCAACUUCAGAAAUCCAUGUGGAAGUGAAGGCACAAAGCUUGGUUAGAAGCCCUCCAGCUCCUAGUCCUAGGAAAACUCCAGUUGCCAAUGAUCAACGCCGUAGGUCCUGCAAAGCAGCCCCUGCUUCCAGCAGCAAAUCUCAGACAGAGGUUCCUAAGAGAGGAGGGAGAAAGAGCGGCAACCUGCCUUCAAAGAGAGCAUCUAUCAGCCGAAGUCAACAUGAUAUUUUACAGAUGAUAUGUUCCAAAAGAAGAAGUGGUGCUUCGGAAGCCAAUCUAAUUGUUGCAAAAUCAUGGGCAGAUGUAGUAAAACUUGGUGCAAAACAAACACAAACUAAACUCAUAAAACAUGGUCCUCAAAGGUCAAUGAACAAAAGGCAAAGAAGACCUGCUACUCCGAAGAAGCCUGUGGGCGAAGUUCACAGUCAAUUUAGUACAGGCCAUGCAAACUCUCCUUGUACCAUAAUAAUAGGGAAGGCUCAUACUGAAAAAGUACAUGUGCCUGCUCGACCCUACAGAAUGCUCAACAACUUCGUUUCCAACCAAAAAAUGGACUUUAAGGAAGAUCUUUCAGGAAUAGCUGAAAUGUUCAAGACCCCAGUGAAGGAGCAACCACAGUUGACAAGCACAUGUCACGUUGAUAUUUCAAAUUCAGAGAAUUUGCUUGGAAAACAAGUUCAAGCAACUAAUUCAGGAGAAGAACCUCUGCUGCCCACCUCAGAGAGUUUUGGAGGAAAUGCGUUCUUCAGUGCACAGAAUUCAGCAAAACAGCCAUCUGAUAAAUGCUCUGCAAGCCCUCCCUUAAGACAGCAGUCUAUUAGAGAAAAUGGAAACAUAGCAAAAACUCCCAGGAACACCUACAAAAUAACUUCCGUGGAGUCAAAAACUUCAGAUACUGAGACAGAGCCUUCAAAAACAGUAUCCAUCGUAAACAAGUUAAGAAGGUCUAUGGAGUUCAGAAAUAUACAGAAGCUACCUAUAGAAAGUAAGAGUGAAGAAACAAAUACAGACAUUGUUGAGCGCAUCCUAAAAAGAUGUCAGAAGGCAACACUACUACAACAAAGGAGAGAAGGAGAGAUGAAGGAAAUAGAAAGACCUUUUGAGACAUAUAAGGAAAAUAUUGAAUUAAAAGAAAAGGAUGAAAAGACAAAAGCAGUGAAGAGAUCAAGAAGAACUUGGGGUCCGAAAUGUGAACCAACGUCUGAUCUGACAGACCUCAAGAGCUUGCCUGAUACAGAACACACGAAAGACACGGCAUGUGGCCAGGAUCUCCUCCAAACCCAAGAUCAUGCCAAGGCACCAAAGAGUGAGAAGGGCAAAAUCACUAAAAUGCCCUGCCAGUCAUUACAACCAGAACGAAUAAACACCCCAACACACAUAAAACAACAGCUGAAGGCAUCCCUGGGGAAAGUGGGUGUGAAAGAAGAGCUCUUAGCAGUCGGCAAGCUCACACGGACGUCAGGGGAAACCACACACACACACAGAGAGCCAGCAGAAGAUGGCAAGAACAUCAGAAUGUUUAAGGAAUCUCCAAAGCAGAUCCUGGACCCGGCAGCCUGUGUAACUGGAAUGAAGAAGUGGCCAAGAACGCCUAAGGAAGAGGCGCGAUCACUAAAAGACCUGGCCGGCUUCAAAGAGCUCUUCCAGACACCAGACACACCCAAACCAACAGGAGGUGAUGAGAAAGAUAUUAAAGCUUUUAUGGGAACUCCAGUGCAGAAACUGGACCUGCCAGGAACUUUACCUGGCAGCAAGAGACAGCUGCAAACUCCCAAGGGAAAGGCCCAGGCUCUAGAAGACCUGACUGGCUUUAAAGAACUAUUCCAGACUCCUGUUCUUACUGAGGAAUUAGUGGCUGCCGGCAAAACCACUAAAAUAUCCUGCAAAUCUCCACAGCCAGACCCAGUGGACACCCCAACAAGCACAAAGCAACGGCCCAAGAGAAGUCUCAGGAAAGCAGAUGUAGAGGGAGAAUUCUUAGCAUUCAGGAAACUAACACCGGCAGCCGGCAAAGCCAUGCACCCACAGUCCAAGAGAAGUCUCAGGAAAGUGGAUGUAGAAGAAGAAUUCUUAGCACUCAAGAAACGAACGCCAUCAGCAGGCAAAGCCAUGCACAUACCCAAACCAGGAGUAAGUGAUGAGAAAAAUAUCAACGCAUUUGUGGGAACUCCAGUGCAGAAACUGGACCUCCCAGAGAACUUAACUGGCAGCAAGAGACGGCUACAAACUCCCAAGGAAAAGGCCCAGGCUCUAGAAGACCUGUCUGGCUUUAAAGAGCUCUUCCAGACACCAAGUCACACUGAGGAAUCAAUGACUAAUGAUAAAACUGCCAAAGUAGCCUGCAAAUCUUCACAACCAGACCCAGACAAAACCCCAGCAAGCUCCAAGGGACGGCUGAAGACAUCCCUGGGGAAAGUGGGCGUGAAAGAAGAGCUCCGAGCAGUUUUCGAGCUCACACAGACGUCAGGGGAGACUACACACACACACACAGAGCCAACAGGAGAUGGUAAGAGCAUCAAAGCAUUUAUGGAGUCUCCAAAGCAGAUCUUAGAUUCAGCAGCAAGUCUAACUGGCAGCAAGAGGCAACCGAGAACACCUAAGGGAAAGUCUGAAGUCCGUGAAGACCUGGCCGGCUUCAAAGAGCUCUUCCAGACACCUGGUCACACUAAGGAAUCAAUGACUAACGAAAAAACUACCAGAAUAUCCUACAGAUCUUCACAACCAGACCCGGUGGACACCCCAACAAGCUCCAAGCCACAGCCCAAGAGAAGUCUCAGGAAAGCAGAUGUUGAAGAAGAAUUUUUAGCAUUUAGGAAACGAACACCAUCAGCAGACAAAGCCAUGCACACACCCAAACCAGCAGGAGGUGAAGAGAAAGACAUCAACACGUUUAUGGGAACUCCAGUGCAGAAACUAGACCCGCCAGAAAAUUUACCUGGCAACAAGAGAUGGCUACAAACUCCUAAGGAAAAGGCCCAGACUCUAGAAGACCUGACUGGGUUCAGAGAGCUUUUCCAGACACCAUGCACUGAUAACCCCACGACUGAUGAGAAAACUACCAAAAUACUCUGCAAAUCUCCACAACCGGACCCAGUGGACACCCCAGCAAGCACAAAACAACGGCCCAAGAGAAGCCUCAAGAAAGCAGACGUAGAGGAAGAAUUUUUAGCAUUCAGGGAACUAACACCAUCAGCAGGCAAAGCCAUGCACACGCCUAAACCAGCAGUAGGUGAAGAGAAAGUCAUCAACACAUUUGUGGGGACUCCAGUGCAGAAACUGGACCUGCCAGGAAACUUACCUGGCAGCAAGAGACGGCCACAGACUACUAAAGAAAAGGCCAAGGCUCUAGAAGACCUGGCUGGCUUCAAAGAGCUCUUCCAGACACCAAGUCACACUGAGGAAUCAAUGACUGACGACAAAAUCACAGAAGUAUACUGCAAUUCUCCACAACCAGACCCAGUCAAAACCCCAACAAGCUCCAAGCGACGACUCAAGACAUCCUUGGGGAAAGUAGGCGUGAAAGAAGAGGUCCUACCAGUCAGCAAACUCACACAGACGUCAGGGAAGACCACGCAGACACACAGAGAGACAGCAGGAGAUGGAAAGAGCAUCAGAGUGUUUAAGGAAUCUGCAAAGCAGAUGCUGGACCCAGCAAACUAUGGAACUGGGAUGAAGAGGUGGCCAAGAACGCCUAAGGAGGAGGCGCAAUCACUAGAAGACCUGGCCGGCUUCAAAGAGCUCUUCCAGACACCAGGUCCCACUGAGGAAUCAACGACUGAUGACAAAACUACCAAAAUAGCCUGCAAAUCUCCACCACCAGAAUCAGUGGACACCCCAACAAGCACAAGAAGGCGGCCCAAAACGCCUUUGGGGAAAAGGGAUGUAGAGAAAGAGCUCUCAGCCCUGAAGAAGCUCACACAGACCACACACACAGACAAAGUACCAGAAGGUGAGGAUAAAAGCAUCAAAGCAUUUAAGGAAACUGCAAAACAGAGACUGGACCCAGCAGCAAGUGUAACUGGUAGCAAGAAGCAGCCGAGAACUCCUAAGAGAAAAGCCCAACCCCUAGAAGACCUGGCUGGCUUGAAAGAGCUCUUCCAGACACCAGUAUGCACUGACAAGCCCACGACUCAUGAGAAAACUACCAAAAUAGCCUGCAGAUCUCCACAACCAGACCCAGUGGACACCCCAACAAUCUUCAAGCCACAGUCCAAGAGAAGUCUCAGGAAAGCAGAUGUAGAGGAAGAAUUCUUAGCACUCAGGAAGCUAACACCGUCAGUAGGGAAAGCCAUGCACACGCCCAAACCAUCAGGAGGCGAUGAGAAAGACAUGAAAGCAUUUCUGGGAACUCCAGUGCAGAAAUUGGACCUGCCAGGAAAUUUACCUCGCAGCAAGAGACGGCCACAAACUCCUAAGGAAAAGGCCCAGCCUCUGGAAGAUCUGACUGGCUUCAAAGAGCUCUUCCAGACACCAGGCACUGACAAGCCCACAACUGAUGAGAAAACUACCAAAAUGCCCUGCAAAUCUCCACAACCAGACCCAGCGGACACCCCAGCAAGCACAAAGCAACAGCCCAAAAGAAGUCUUAGGAAAGCAGACGUAGAGGAAGAAUUUUUAGCACUCAGGAAACUAACGCCGUCAGCAGGCAAAGCCAUGGACACACCCAAACCAGCAGUAAGUGAUGAGAAAAAUAACACAUUUAUGGAAAUUCUAGUGCAGAAUCUGGACCUGCCAGGAAAUUUACCUGGCAGCAAGAGACGGCCACAAACUCCUAAGGAAAAGGCUGAGGCUCUAGAGGACCUGGCUGGCUUCAAAGAGCUCUUCCAAACACCAGGUCACACUGAGGAAUCAAUGACUGAUGACAAAAUGACAGAAGUAUCAUGCAAAUCUCCACAGCCAGAGUCAUUCAAAACCUCAAGAAGCUCCAAGCAAAGGCUCAAGAUAUCCCUGGUGAAAGUGGACAUGAAAGAAGAGCCCCUAGCGGUCAACAAGCUCACACGGACAUCAGGGAAGACUACGCAAACACACACACAGCCAACAGGAGAUAGUAAGAGCAUCAAAGCAUUUAAGGAGUCUCCAAAGCAGAUCCUGGACCCGGCAGCAAAUGUAACUGGUAGCAAGAGGCAGCUGAGAACUCGUAAGGAAAAGGCCAGUGCUCUAGAAGACCUGACUGGCUUCAGAGAGCUCUUCCCAGCACCAGGUCACACUGAACAGUCAAUGACUGUUGACAAAAACACAACAAUGCCCUGCAAAUCUCCCCCAGCAGAACCAGCAGACACUGCCACGAGCACAAAGAGAUACCCCAAGACACGUCUCAGGAAAGAAGUGAAAGAGGAGCUCUCAGCACCUGAGAGGCUCACACAAACCUCAGGGCAAAGCACACACAUACACAAAGAAUUAGCAAGUGGUGAUGAAGGCAUCAAAGUAUUUAAACAACGUGCAAAGAAGAAACCGAACCCAGUAGAAGAGGAACCCAGCAGGAGAAGGCCAAGAGCACCUAAGGAAAAGGCCCAACCCCUAGAAGACCCGGCCGGCUUCAAAGAGCUCUCUGAACCAUCAGGUCACACUCAGGAACCACUGACUGCUGGCAAAGCCACUAAAAUACCCUGCAAAUCUCCCCCCGUAGAAGUAGUAGACACCACAGCAAACACAAAGAGGCAUCUCAGGACACGUGUGCAGAAGGUACAAGUAAAAGAAGAGCCUUCAGCAGUUAAGUUCACACAAACAUCAGGGGAAACCACGGACGCAGACAAAGAACCAGUAGGUGAAGAUAAAGGCAUCAAAGCAGUGAAGGAAUCUGCAAAACAGACACUGGCUCCAGCAGCAAGUGUAACUGGCAGCAGGAGACGGCCAAGAGCACCCAGGGAAAAUGCCCAAGCCCUAGAGGACCUGGCUGACUUCAAAGACCCAGCACUGGGUCACACUGAAGAAUCAAUGACUGAUGACAAAACCACUAAAAUACCCUGCAAAUCAUCACCAGAACUAGUAGACACUGCGACAAGUUCAAAGAGACGGCCCAGGACACGUGCCCAGAAAGUAGCAGUGAAGGAGGAGCUGUUAGCAGUCGGCAGUCUCACACAAACAUCAGGGGAGACCGCGCACACCGACAAAGAGCCGGUAGGUGAGAACAAAGGCAUGAAAGCAUUUAAGCAACCUGCAAAGCAGAAGCUGGACGCAGAAGACGUCAUUGGCAGCAGGAGACGGCCAAGAGCACCUAAGGAAAAGGCCCAACCCCUAGAAGAUCUGGCCAGCUUCCAAGAGCUCUCUCCAACACCAGGCCACACUGAGGAACUGGCAAAUGGUGCUGCUGAUAGCUUUACAAGCGCUCCAAAGAAAACACCUGACAGUGGAAAACCUCUAAAAACAUCCAGAAGAGUUCUUCGGGCCCCUAAAGUAGAACCCGUGGGAGACCUGGUAAGUACCACAGACCCUGUAAAAUCACAAAGCAAAAGCAACACUUCCCUGCCCCCACUGCCCUUCGAGAGGGGAGGUGGCAAAGAUGGAAGCGCCACAGGAACCAAGAGGCUGCUCUGCAUGCCUGCUCCGGAGGAGAUCGCGGAGGAGCUGCCAGCCAGCAAGAAGCAGAGGGUUGCUCCCAGGGCGAGAGGCAAAUCACCGGAACCCGUGGUCAUCAUGAAGAGAAGUUUGAGGACUUCUGCAAAAAGAAUUGAACCUGUGGAAGAGCUGAACAGCAACAACAUGAAAACCAACAAAGAGGAACACAAAUUACAAGACUCGGUCCCUGAAAAUAAGGGAAUAUCCCUGCGCUCCAGACGCCAAAAUAAGACUGAUGUAGAACAGCAAAUAACUGAGGUCCUGGUAUUAGCAGAAAGAAUAGAAAUAAACAGAAAUGAAAUGAAGCCCAUGAAGACCUCCCCAGAGAUGGACAUUCAGAAUCCAGAUGGCGGAGCCCGGAAACCCAUACCUAGAGGCAAAGUCAGUGAAAACAAAAGGUGCUUGAGGUCUGUGAGACAGAAUAAGAGCUCCCAGCCUAAGGUGGCAGAGGAGAGCGGAGGGCAGAAGAGCGCAGGGGUUCUCAUGCAGAAUCAGGAAGGGAAAGGAGAAGCAGGAAAUUCAGACUCCAUGUGUUUGAGAUCAAGAAAGAUGAAAAGCCAGUCUGCAGCAAGCACUUUGGAGAGCGAAUCUGCACAGAGAGUAACGCGGAGUGUCAAGAGGUGUGCAGAAAAUCCAAAGAAGGCUGAGGACAUUGUGUACGUCAAGAAAAUAAGAACCAGAAGUCACCGGGACAGUGAAGAUAUUUAACAAAAAAAAUCGAACUGGGAAAAAUAUAAUAAAGUUACUUUUGUGAUAAGUUCUAGUACAGUUUUUGUCAUAAAUUACAAGUGAAUUCUGUAAGUAAGACUGUCAAUCUGCUUAAGGGAAGAAAACUUUGAAUUUGCUGGGUCUGAAUCGGCCUCGUAAACUCCACUGGGAGCACUGCUGGGCUCCUGGACUGAGAACAGUUGAACACUGGGGGCUUUGGGAAGGAGUUUGGACCAUGCUUUGCUCUCAGCUUUGUGGAAUGAAGCCUUGAGGUCUAUCAUCACCCACAGCCACCCUACAGCAGCCUUAACUGUGACCCUUGCCACACUGUCAUUGUUUAAAUGUUUGCCUGUGUCCUCCAGGGCAUGAUGGCAGGAACAUCUAUGCUCAUCUGUCCCAGCACUGAGCAGGCACUUGGUAAACAUGAAUGAGAGGGUGAGUGCACCGAUGAAUGGAGCUUUUAAGAUCUGUCUCCAAUGGCUAGGCCCAGGGCAUUUGCUCCCCUCAUUAAGGCAAUUGGACAUCUGCACAGGACAGUCCUAUUUUUGGUGUCCUUUCCUUUCUGAAAAUAAAGUGCUUUAGAGAAUGACUUGUGAGCACAUCUUUAGGGACCAAGAGUGAGUUUCUGUAAGGAGUGACUCAUGGCUUGCCUUUGUCUCUUGGGAAUACUUUUCUAACUAGGACUGCUCUCACCUGAGACAUUCACCCGCGGAAUCUCAGGGUCCCGGGCUGUGGCGCAUCAUGACCUCAACCAGGCUCCUCAUCUUCUCCAGCUUCCCUGUCGUUGAAAGCUUCAGAAGUUUACUGAUUCUGCUCCCACCUGUUCUCUUUCUGACUCUGACAGCCCAAUGCCACCCGGUAUAGGAAGUGACACCAGUACUCUGAAAAGCAUCAUCGUCCUUGGAGGGACUGAGCACUCAGCCCUUCAGCCACGAUUUCAGGAUCGCUUCCUUGUGAGCCGCUGCCUCCAAAAUCUCCUUUGAAGCUCAGACAUCUUUCUCCAGCUUCAGGCCUGUAGACAUAACUUGUUCAUCUCCAUUUACUUUCCAGUUUGUCCCCUCUCCUCUCUGUGUUCCCCAAAUCAGAGAAUAGCCCACCAUCGCCCAGGUCACCUGUCUGGACUCCCCAUUCACCCACUUUGCCAGGUGCAGGUGAGGAUAACACACCAGACAGGGUAGCUGUCCCCCAGCAAGUGCCCUGUGUGGUCAUUGCACCCCCAUCUCCACGCUUGUCUCCCCAGUGUCUGGCGGGGAGCCACAUGACACGAAUAUUCGCUGAAUGAAUGCAGAAAUCAGUGGUACUGACUUGUGCUGUAUUGGCUGCCAUGAUAGUGUUAUAACAGCAUCGUCCAUGAUCAUAAGGGAGAAUGACAUUCUGCUUGAGGGAGGGAAUAGAAGGGCAGGGAGGGGACAUCUAAGGGCUUCACAGGGCUGCAAAGAGUACGGGGAUUGCGCCAGGGCAGAACAGGAGAGGGUAUUCAAGGAGGAGCGGCUCUUAGCGGAGGCACUUUGGAAGGUGUGAGGCAUAAAUGCUUCCUUCUAGGUAGGCCAACUUCAAAACCUUUAGUAGGAAUGUUGCUAUGAUCAAGUUGUUCUAACACUUCAGACUUAGUAGUAAUUAUGAACCUUACAUAGAGAAAAAUUGUAUCUAGCCAUAUGCCUGUGGAGUGGAAUAUUUUGUUUAGUAGAAAAAUCCUUUAGAGUUCAGUUCUAACCAGAAAUCUUGCUGAAGUGUGUCAGCACCUUUUCUCACCCUGGUAAGUACAGUAUUUCAAGAGCAUGCUAAGAGUGGUUUUCAUUUUACAGGGCUGUUGACGGAUUAGAAACGUUCAUUCAAGGGCUACCGCUGUGUUUAAUAGAUGAACACCACUUCUAUACAACCCUCCUUCACUUUGUAUGGUGGGGAGGGAGGGAGCUGACAAAUACUGCCCAUUGCCCUGGGCUGACUACAUUUGAGAACAAAUACCCACCCAUUCCCACCAUGGCAUGGUAACUUCUCUGAGCUUCAGUUUCCAAGUGAAUUUCCGUGUGAUAGGACAUUCCCAAUAAAUAGAAGCUGUUUUUACUUUUUCGCCUCCCAGGGCCUGUGCGAUCUGGUCCCCCAGCCUCUCCUGAGCUUUCUUACUCAACUGUACCCACUGUCUCCUGCCUGCCUUUGGCAGGCAUCCCCAGCCAGCACACACUCCCUGCUGUUUUCACUGCCUGGAACUUUCACUCCGGCCCCACCAAGAUCAUUGCAUCCAGUCCUGAACUCAGCUUAAGGGCGGCUUCCUGCCUGUGGGCUACCUCACCCCAUGCCUGUCCUCCAGGCUCGGGCAGGUUCGUAGUUUGCCUGAAAUUGUUCUGUACCUCUUUGUAGCAGGUAGCAUUGUGGACACCAAACCACUAAUUGAGUUUCUGGCUCCCCUCCUGGGGUUGUAAGUUUUGUUCAUUCAUGAGGGCUGACUAUGUAUUUCCUGGUUACUGUAUCCCAGUGACCAGCCACAGGAGAUGCCCAACAAAGUGUGUGAUGAAAUGGUCUUAAAA